GUCUUAUGUCACAAGUCACAAAAUGACAACUGUCAUUCCUUAAAAAUCAAUUUUUGAAAUGGAAAAUAUAUUUUAAAAUCAAAUCAACUACAAUUAAUUAGUUUUUACACAAAUACUACCAAAAAAUGGGUAACACAGUGUCCGCUGCUGAAAUAGCUCAGAAGACUGCAACUCAGUUCAUAAAUCCAGAUGAUUCUAUACAAAAACACAAACAUAAAUUUAAAGACUUUAAAGGUGAAAUUCCUGAAGAAUGUCCAAUGCACCAGAAGAAGUCUACAAGUACAAUGAAGGAUUCUGGUUGCCCUGUGGGAGGAGGCGAAGAAGAAAUAAAUCCAUUGAAUAUGAUGGGCCCAGCUAAUCAAAAGCCUGCACCUGGUCAGCCUUUCCCACUCUCUACAGAUAGGCAAGUAUCCACAAUUCCUAAGGCCAUAAUUAAAGAAGGAGAAGGUUCUUUUUGGGUAUACCCCAGCGCACAGAUGUUUUGGAAUGCUAUGUUAAGAAAAGGUUGGAGGUGGCGAGAUGAAGACAUCAAACAAGAAGAUAUGAAUAAUAUAAUCAAAAUUCACAAUGCUAACAAUGAACAAGCAUGGCAAGAGGUGCUUAAAUGGGAAGCCUUGCAUGCAAAUGAGUGUCGAGAUCCCAGGCUCAAGAGUUUUGGUGGAAAAGCCCAAGAUUACAGUCCUAGAGCGAGAAUCAGGCAGGUAAUGGGUUAUGAGCUUCCGUUUGACAGGCAUGACUGGAUAGUUGAUAGGUGUGGAAAAGACGUCAGAUAUAUUAUAGACUACUAUGAUGGUGGGAACUGUGAUGAUAAAUAUAGAUUUGCUUUACUAGAUGUCAGACCGGCAAUGGAUAGCGUUGACAAUGUGUGGGACAGGAUGAAAGUAUGCUGGUGGAGAUGGUUCUACAGUGGCGAAUGAAGAUAAACUGUUUACAAGAAUUCAGUGGUAGUCCUACUUUUGUCCGCGAAGAAGAAUAAUUGGUUUUAAUUGUCCAAAGUUACACCGAAGUGUAUAUAUUUAAAAAAAAACUCGUUUAAGAAUUAAUUACGUUGAAAUUAUAUUGAAAUGUUAUCUGUACACUUUUUUAUGUUAAAGAUUUGAGUUUAUUGCUUGC